AUGGCAAACACCUCUGAACAAUCCCAGCCUGCAACUCAUAAUCUCAAUAUCAGUACCCUGCGACGCAAACGGGGUAAUAUUAUCGGACAAAUUACAUCGUUUACCAAAUUCCUCGACACACAACGCGAACCCGGUCAACGCGACAUACACCUGCUCCAAGCCCAUCUCAAUGGGUUGAACGAGGUUUGGAAACGAUUCGAUGAGACACAGUUCAAUAUAGAAGAACUCGACGAAUCCGAGGAAGCGCGUCGAUACACAAUAUCAAACGACUAUUACGCCGCGGUUGCACUAGCGAACAAAAUGAUGUAUGGCAACGAUCCGACGGUCCGCGGCACAAUCGCAUCACCCGCACUAACAGUAUCGGCCCCAAUGACAAUAAGAUUACCAGAGAUGCGUCUACCUACGUUCGACGGAACGAUCGAGAAGUGGGCAUCAUUUUUCGACAUAUUUUCAUCAAUGAUCGAUCGAAACGAUAACUUAACGCCGGUACAAAAAUUGCAAUAUUUGCGAUCGACAUUAACGGAUAAAGCGGCCGCGUGCAUACAGUCGUUAAGUACCACCGACGCGAACUACACUGACGCCGUCGAAUUAUUAAAAGAAAAAUUCGAUUGCACGCGGCGCAUAAUAUUAGGACACUGCGACGCGCUACAAAACAUACCAAAACUCUCCAAAGAUUCGCCGGAAGCAUUAGGAAACCUCGUAGAUACCAUACGCCAACAUCUGCGCGCCUUGAAAAAUUUAGGAGAAUCCGUCUCCUCGUGGAACAGUAUGUCAGUCUCCAUCAUCCUCUCCAAGGUGAGCUCUGACAUCGCAUGGCUUUGGGAGCUCACGUUAACAGACAGGAAAAGAAUGCCCCUAUACACUGACCUUCUCGAGUUCCUGGAAAAACGCGCAAACUGUGCUCCAGCAUCGUCACCAGCACCCGCAAGACCAUCAAGACCGGAGAGUCCGCGAAUAAGACGGUCAGGGCCAAUACGAGGACACGCCUUCUUAAGCUCGGAUGCGCAACAAUGUCCCAUAUGCCAGGGUGGACACGGAAUUUGGGCCUGUGGCGAAUUUCAAGCAAAAUCCGCGAAAGAACGCAUAACCGCUGUUGAAAACGCGUCUCUCUGCAUUAAUUGCCUGAAAGGGGGACACACACCAAAGUUCUGUUGGUCCGGAUCGUGCCGUGUCUGCCAUAAACGUCAUCACACCCUAUUGCAUCAUCCAGAACAUCCGCAGUACAAUACGAACCGACCAGCACCAGCACCAACAUCAUCAUGGCAAAGCAUGGAAUCUGGCGUCUCCCAAGUACCAGUAUCACCAUGGCAGAACAUGGAAACGGCAGCCUCUCAACCACGGACAUCAAAAUGA